AUGGUGCUUGAUUUAUCUUCAAAUAACUUGAGUGGUAUCAUUCCUCAAUGCAUUGUAAAACAUAAUAAAUUUCUUUCGGUCUUGAAUUUCGCUAGGAACAAAUUAUAUGGUACUAUCCCCAACACAUUUUCAAUAGGAAAUACUUUGAGAAAUCUCAAUCUAAAUGGAAAUCAUUUAAAAGGCUCAUUGCCAAGAUCACUAGAAUAUUGCAGAAAUCUUGAAGUUCUAGAUCUUGGAAAUAACAUCCUCAACGACUCAUUUCCUCACUGGCUAGACUCUCUUCCAGCCUUACGGGUUUUAGUCUUGAGAUCUAAUAGGUUUAAUGGUUCGAUAAGAAAACCUAAAAUCAAAUAUCCUUUUCCUGAGUUAAGGAUUAUAGAUUUGUCCCACAAUGAGUUUGAUGGUGCUCUUCCAACAAAAUACUUUGUCAGCUUCAAAGCUAUGAUUUUGAAUACAGAGAAUGUAGAACUAAAGUACAUGGGAGAGCAUUAUUACCAAGACUCUAUAACAGUGACCAUGAAAGGAUAUGAGUUAGAGUUGGUGCAUAUCCUAACUAUCCUUGUAACUCUUGAUUUCUCAUGCAAUAAUUUUAGUGGAGAGAUUCCAAUGUUCCUUGGAGGGCUGAACGCACUCAAGGGCCUCAACAUUUCUCAUAAUAUGCUCAGAGGUACCAUACCAUCAUCAUUGGGAAAUUUGACUAACCUUGAGUGGUUAGACCUCUCUGCUAACAAGCUAAGUGGGAAUAUUCCUUUGCAGUUGACCGAUUUAAUAUGGCUCGAAAUCUUAUACCUUUCAGAAAACAAACUCGUGGGACCAAUACCCAAUGGUAAGCAGUUCAAUACUUUUAGCAAUGAUUCAUUCAAAGGAAAUUUAGAUUUGUGUGGUUUUCCACUGUCCAAACCAUGCAAUGAGGAAUAUGAAGGAUCAACCAUGGAGCAAGAAAAUGAAUCAGAGAAUGCAAAUGGAUUUACUUGGAAAGUUGUGCUAUUGGGGUAUGGAUGUGGCUUUGUGUUUGGGAUCUUCAUAGGUUAUAUUAUUUUUUUCUCAAAUGGAAGAGCAGGUGUGUUUGUGAAGUGGUUGUAG